GAGCUUGAAGCUCGAGCUCCAGCCAAAGCCUGUUACCUGACCAUCGACACAACGUUCCCACAAUUUCCCGGCGCUGAGAUGUGGAAUCCUCCAAAUGGUAUUAGUGAAGAUUGCCUCAGUAUGAAUAUCUGGGUGCCAGCUAAUCAUGAUGGUUCCGUUCUAGUGUGGAUUUACGGCGGAGGUGAGUAG